AUGUUUCGCCAAAUUCUCAUCCACCCUGAUGACAGGGACUAUCAGCGCAUUCUCUGGACAGAGAACAGUCUCACUGUGGCUUAUCAACUCAACACCGUCACAUAUGGCACUCGACCAGCACCAUAUCUUGCUGGCCGAGCUCUCAAACAACUUCUCAUCGACGAAGGGUCUCAAUAUCCACUAGCAGUGGAACCCUUUCAAAAGGGCAGCAACGUCGACGACAUCGGCGGCCGUGCCGACAAUCUCAGCGAUCUCAACGACAUUGCAAAUAAUGUCGAGGCACUUUGCAACUUAGGUUGCUUUCCACUAGCUAAAUGGAAAAGCAAUCAUCCUCAGUUCAGCAAAAUCUCAUCAUCACUCAGUCCAGAAGAUUCUCAUUCAUUCUCAGACCACAUCUCAAAAAUCUUGGGUCUCUCAUGGAAUUGUCAAGAAGAUGUUCUCACGUUUACUGGCAAGACUUCUCAGACUCUCAGCAUCACCAAGCGCACCAUCACCUCAGAGGCUGCUCAAUUAUUUGACCCUCUGGGUUUAAUCUCACCGGUAAUUGUCAAGGCAAAAAUCAUCAUACAAGACCUUUGGCUACAAAAGGUCGACUGGGAUGAUGCACUCUCACCAGAGCUAGUUCACCGAUGGAAAACUUUCCGCAAUGAACUUCCUCAACUCUCUCAUCUCAGAAUUCCUCGAUGGAUCAAUCUCAUCCCAAAUUCAUCGAGCAUCGAGAUUCACGGGUUUUCUGACGCAUCUCAAGCUGCAAUGUCUACAGUAAUGUAUCUCAGAGUCUGUCAACCUGGCGAACAGACUAGCAUCUCUCUCAUCUGCUCAAAAACUAAAGUAGCACCACUCAAACGUCUCACAAUUCCUCGACUCGAACUCUCAGCUGCAUUAUUGCUCUCAAAACUGGCAUCUCAUGUCUCAUCGACCCUUCAAUUAUCUCAUGUUCCAACUUAUCUGUGGACUGACUCAUCAACAACACUUGCUUGGGUGACCAGUGAACCUACAAGAUGGAAAGAAUUCGUCAAGAAUCGAGUUGAAGCGAUCCAGCACCAUUCUCCAGAUGCACAGUGGAGAUACAUCUCAGGAAAACAGAACCCGGCUGACUGUGCAUCCAGGGGUCUAACAGCAUCUCAGCUCAUCAACCAUCAGUUAUGGUGGUCAGGAUCCAGCUGGCUAGCUGAUCCUCCCUCUCAAUGGCCAUCUCAUCAUGUUCUCAGUUCAGCAGCAGAUGAAACAGAGCAAGUAAAUUCAGAAAUGAGACCUUGCAAGUCUCAUGUCUCUACUAGUCCACCUCUCAUGCCACUAUCAUCUCUCAUUCACACAUGGACUACACUCACAGCUCUACUACGUCGUACUGCAACAGUAUUCAGAGCAAUCUCAUGUUUCAAAAAAGUACCUGGUUCAACACUCAGCAUCUCACCUCUCACUCCUGCUGAAUUACAAUCAGCUCUCAUCCAUUGGAUUAAAUCAACGCAGCAGAAUAUUUCUCAUCAGAAAUCUCAGCAUUAUCUCAAGGCAAUGCUCUCAAGAAAUCACACUGUUUCACCCGCCUCACCGCAUUCAUCGACCAAGCUGGCGAAAUCAGAGUCGGUGGACGUCUUCAAAAUUCAUCAUUGGAUGCUGACAGCAAGCAUCCAGCAAUCCUUCCCAAGGAUUGUACGCUCUCACGUCUCAUCAUCUCAGACUCUUAUCUACGCACUUUGCACGGAGGUACCCAACUUACCUUAUCUUAUGUUCGCAAGAAGUGUUGGAUAA